AUGGAAUAUGAAGAGGAUGAUGACAUUUCCUUUGCAAAAUGGAUGAGCAGUUUCUGGGGUCACAGCUUGAUUGAUGAGAAUGAGAAAGAGGGUAGAGGCUACAGGAAACGCCAGACGCGAGCCUUUAGUGAAAGGAGAGCCUCCCUUCCAGCCAAGCUUUCGUCCAUCCAUAUGACAAGACUUCAUGCAUCUACCAAAACCCCAUCUUCAGGCCACUUGAGGGGCUGCAAGGAAUUUCAAGAGGGCCAAGAUGUUAAAUGCCAUUGUCACACAAAGGCAUGCAAAAUAUCCUCACCAGAUGGCUCGGGAUCAACAAGUAGAUCAAACUCAAUCCAGGAAUUUUCAGAAUCCUUUGAGAAGCAACUGCAUUUCAAAAUCAAGCGCUCCGUUUCUUUGCAACCUGAGGGCAUGAAGGAGAGGAGAGAGCGAGGGAAGAUGUGCAUGUCCAAGAGCAGAUCUCACAAGAAAGAGGGAGGGAAGAGGGAGCCAAAGAAAGAGCAGGAGGAAGAAGAAAGACCAGAGAUUUCUGCUGGAAAACAAAGCUAA